AUGGAAGGAGAUUCAACAAUUGUAUACAAAUCCAAUUGGAAAUCAGGUGUUUGUUGGGGAAAUUUAGCUGGAUGUCUUGCUUUCUAUCAUUCAUUAACUGGUUUUAGUUUAUUAAUAAUCAAUACAACAUUUAUUUUAAUAUCAUCUAAAUAUCAGUUUAUUUUUUGUUGUUCGAUUAUACUUGGUCUCAUUAUUAUUUUACUUGGUGUUAUUCUUCUGCCACUUGUUUUUUCUUGUUUUUUGGGUCGACAAUAUCAUAUUUAUGCAACAAUUCAUGCAUAUGUUACUUUUAUGAUUAAUCUAAUUAAUAUAGUUUUGAUCGUAUGUGUUACAUAUGAAAUUAGUAAAUUGAAAAUAUUUAAUUUACUUUCAUCAAAAUUUUUGAUCACAGUCUUAGGAUUACUUUCAUUAACAUUAAUUGUUGGUAUUAUUGCAUGGGUUACAUAUGUUGGUAGACAAUUUCAUGAACCAAAUGGACAAUUUAUUCUGCAACUUUAA